UGGUGGCAGUGGCAGGUCCGGAGGAAGGAGGACGAGCUGGGCCCACGGCGAGUCCGAGCGAGCUGGAGCACGUGUACCGCGACAAGCAGCGCCGGCGGUUUUCAUGUCGGGUAACUGCAGCACUUCGAGUUCGGUUCCAAUAUACUUCCUUCUCUUGACCGCUUCCGAUCCCAUACCAUUUUGCUCACCAUGCCUGUUGACGACUACGAUGCAGGCGCCACGGAGCUUAUGGAGACCUAUGACUUCCUCAUGAAGUAUAUCAUCAUCGGAGAGGCUGGGACAGGAAAAUCCUGUCUGCUGCAUCAGUUCACCCACAACGCCUUCAAAGAGCACUCGGCGCACACGAUCGGGGUGGAGUUUUCAAGUCGGACCGUCAAGCUGGGGGAGAAGCGCAUAAAGCUGCAGCUGUGGGACACUGCAGGACAGGAGAGAUUUAGGUCAGUAACCAGAAGUUACUACCGAGGAGCUGCUGGAGCCAUUCUUGUAUACGAUAUCACUAGCCGUGCUUCAUUCGUGAACCUGUCCCAAUGGCUUGCGGAUGCACGUACUCUUGCCAGCCCGCAUCUCGUCACAGUGCUAGUUGGAAACAAGUCGGAUAGAGAAGAAGACCGAGAGGUGGACUGGGAAGAGGCAAGCAAAUGGGCGGCCGAAAAUGAUCUGCACUUCCUAGAAGCAUCGUCGCUAUCAGGCGACAACGUCGAGGCUCCGUUCCUCCUCUGUGCACGGUCGAUACUGCUCGCGAUAGAGUCUGGUAUCCUCGAUCCAGAGAAGGCUGGAAGCGGCGUCAGCUACGGUGACCGAGCACUGCGGAGAGUCAAUAGUUCGAGUCGGCUUAGCUUUGGAAGCUUGAGUGGAUCGCGAAGGAGGGGCAAUAUCAAGCUACGACUACCAGGCACCAACGGCAAGUGUUGCUGACAAGUGUGUCUCCUGACGUUCGAUAUUGGACUUUCGAGUUAGAAAUAUUUUAGAUGGUGCCGUAGGCUAUCAUUUCGUUAAUGCCUCUCACGACGUAGGCAGUCCUUUACUACGCCCAUUCAUUCUCACUCAUAACUGUUAUGCCUCACGAUUUCUUCAUCCGCCAUCUCUCGUUCAUCUCUCUGCGUUAGACUCCAUAAUCCUCGAUGGAUCUACUAUUCUGUCUGCAGUCAUCCGCAUCUUUCUCUACAUGCAUCCGGAUCUUGUGUAUAAUAGUAUCAACGGACAUCUCAAAGUAUUUUCUUCACCUGCUUAGCUUCCGC